CGAAAAGGACGUGAUUCUAGCCAGCAAAAAUACCAUAAACCAAUGAGAGAUGAUAAAAAAAUGAGGGGCGAAUCCAGCGAAGUUGCAUACAUUUACUUGGUCUUGGCUACAAUAACGCAAUACCCAUACACCUCCUCAUCACAUUUACUCUACCGCAAUGGGUUUAAACGUCAAAAUGGCAUUUGUUUGAACCACACCUCCGGCGAAUUCGAUAGAAAUCCCGAUGAUUGCCGUUCAUUUUACUUGUGUCUGGAUAAUGGACAAGCGGUAAUGGCACCUUGCCCGCCUACAAUGCUCUUCAAUUCGGCCAGCAAGCUCUGCGACACAGCCGAUAAUGUCAGCUGUGAUAUCGGAAUACCCAGCAGUGACAACGUCAGUAACGCAAAUGACAACAAUAAUAAUGGAAACGCUGAGAACAAUGCCGAAAGUAACGGUGACAAUGAAGAGCUGAACGCUUCCCGAUACUGUGCCUCUCAACCGGCUGAGCAAAACCGUAUCAUUUUUUUAGGCAGCAGUAGCAGUUGCCAGCAGUACUACAUUUGCUACUAUGGACAGGCAGUGUUGCAGGAUUGUAGCGCCAAUUUACACUGGAAUGCGAAUACCGCCAAGUGUGAUCUGCCGGAAAAUGCUGGCUGUCCGUUAUGGACUGGAAACACCGGUAUCAGUACGAUUGGGCUGGCAAAUGGGAGUGGAGUUAAUGGCAACGGUGCUGAUAGUUUUGCGCCUAAUGGCAAUCAAAUCGGCGGACAAAACGUGAAUAGCGAAUUAAUUAAUUGCCCAAUCUAUGGGCAACAUGUAUUUCCGCAUAUGGCAAACUGUGAAUACUUUAUUUACUGUGUUAAGGGGCAUGCUAUGCUGCAAAAGUGCCCAUUCUAUUAUCAUUUCGAUAUUGUGUCAAAGAGCUGUAAAUUGCGUACGGUCGCCAUCUGCGUACGAGAUUUAAACUUUAAUUUUCGCAAAUCAACUGCAUAA